AUGCUCCGCCGCGCAACCUCCGCCCUACUCUCCGGUGCCUCCCGCCGCCGCCUCUCCACCGAUGUGCCGGCGACGCCCGCGGCAGAUUCGAGCUUUGCGGAGGCCUGGAAGAAAGUGAGCCCGAAUCUGGAGCCUCCGAAGACCCCGCUCUCGUUCAUGAAGCCACGUCCGCCAAUUCCUUCGACCCUCCCUUCUAAACUCACCGUCAACUUCGUCCUCCCCUACGCUUCCCAAUUGUCCGCAAAAGAGGUUGACAUGGUGAUUGUACCAGCAACAACUGGGCAGAUGGGUGUUCUGCCAGGACAUGUGGCAACAAUUGCUGAGUUGAAACCUGGUGUGCUCUCCGUACAUGAAGGGAACGAUGUGACAAAGUAUUUUGUGAGCAGUGGGUUCGCAUUCAUCCAUGGAAACUCAGUGGCUGAUAUAGUAGCUGUUGAGGCUGUGCCAGUAGAUCGAAUUGAUGUCAAUCUUGUCCAGAAGGGCCUUCAAGAUUUCACUCAGAAGCUCAACUCAGCCUCCACUGAUUUGGAGAAAGCUGAAGCUCAGAUUGGUGUUGACGUCCAUAGCGCUCUCAACUCUGCUCUUACAGGCUGA